AUGAUUGACUGAUGAAUGACGGUCCUAUGAUGUUUGUUGUACUGACAUGCUUAAAGAAUUGAAAAGUCCCUGCCUGUCAAUGCCCCAACAUGAAGGUUUACAAAACAGUUCUUUUACUAGGUUUAUUCCUUUUAACAGGUUUCCUCAGGGGCCAGACCCAAAGCACAGAUGUUCUGGAAGCGUAUAUUAAAACGGAUGGGGCCUGGAUAGUGAAAUUGCCUAAAGUUCAAUACAGUGUGAAAACAGUGGAAGAAUGUGCCGUCAAGUGCAACAAAGAGACUUCCUUUACAUGCAGGUCCUUUUCGUACAUUGAAAAAGAUCAGGAUUGCGUAACAUUACCUGCAAACUCAAAAACUGAUCAGAUACUGCGAAGAAUGAGUGCUGCUCUCUAUGAGAAAAAGGAGUAUUUACUGGAAUGCGUGAAUGGCAUUGGCAUGGACUACAAAGGGACAAAAUCCAAGACAAAAUCAGGAAAAAUGUGUCAGAGAUGGGAGGCAUCUUUCCCCCAUGUGCCAAACGUAACGCCAAAGACACAUCCAAAAGCUGACUUGGAGUCCAACUUUUGUCGAAACCCGGAUGGAGACAAGGGAGGUCCCUGGUGCUACACCACAGAUCCAGAGAAACGAUGGGAGCACUGCGAUAUCCAAGACUGCACAGAGGAAUGUAUGCAGUGCAGUGGAGAAAACUACAGAGGCAAGAUCUCCACCACUAUGAGUGGAUUUACCUGCCAACGCUGGGACUCUCAAAAACCCCACAACCACGGUUACAUCCCUUCAGCUCUUCCUGAUAAGUACUUGGAAGAGAACUACUGCAGGAACCCCGAUGGAGAGCCCAGGCCCUGGUGCUUCACCACUAGUCCAUCCAAACGUUGGGAAUCGUGCUCCAUUCCACGAUGCGCAACUGAACCACCCACAAUUGUACCAGAGCUUACCUGUGCAAGUGGAGAAGGUAGCUCCUACAGGGGCACCAUUGCGGUAACCGUCUCAGGAAAAACUUGCCAAGACUGGGCAUCCCAAAGUCCCCACACUCAUUCCAGAACUUCAGAGAACUACCCAUGCAAAGGCCUUGAUAAGAACUACUGCAGAAACCCUGAUAAUGAAAGAAGUCCAUGGUGUUACACCACAGAUCCCGGGACCCGCUGGGAGUACUGCAGUGUGCCAAGUUGUGGAGAUCAACCUAGACCUGAGGAGCCGGUGAUCCCUGAGGGUGAGGCAUGUUAUGAAGGUGAUGGAACCUCCUACCGUGGUGCCAUGUCAGAGACCAUCAGUGGAAAGAAAUGCCAGUUCUGGACAUCCAUGGAACCUCAUCGACAUUCCAAAACACCUCAGAAUUUCCCUAAAGCAGAUCUGAGGAGGAACCUGUGCAGAAAUCCAGAUGGUGACAGAGCCCCUUGGUGCUACACCACAGAUCCCACGGUUCGGUGGGAGUAUUGCAACAUCGAGCGGUGUGACAGCAAGCCCAGCUCACGGGAGCCUCCUAUCGAUCAAUCAGCAGCUGCAGCUUCUCCAUUCAUUUCUCCACCUACUUCUCCAGAAAUAGAUUGCAAGGUUGGCAACGGAGCAAGUUACCGGGGUCCCACAUCCACUACUCUAACGGGAGUGACCUGCCAAGCAUGGAGUUCUAUGACCCCCCAUCAGCAUGCCAGUUUUACCCCUGAAACACACCCAGACAAGGGUCUAGAGUCAAAUCAAUGCAGAAACCCAGACAGUGAUGUGAACGGACCUUGGUGCUAUACAACGGAUCGGAGUAAGAAGUGGGAUUACUGUCAGAUCCCAGGCUGUGAUAGCCUGAAAUGCGGACAACCUUCAGUAAAACCUAAGCGGUGCUUUGGCCGGAUUGUUGGGGGGUGUAUUUCCAAACCACACUCCUGGCCUUGGCAGAUCAGUCUUAGGACCAGAACCAAAAUCCAUUUCUGUGGUGGAACGCUAAUUGAUGCCCAAUGGGUCCUAACUGCAGCCCACUGCCUAGAGAGGUCUGAGAGUCCAUCUGCCUACAAGAUCUUCCUUGGAAUCCACACAGAACGUGCAAGUGAAGCAUCCAAACAGGAGCGAGAGGUUUCUAAGAUUAUUAAGGGGCCAACUGGAACUGACAUCGCUCUUCUCAAGUUGGACAGGCCUGCAUUAAUAAAUGAUAAGGUACUGCCUGCGUGCCUACCAGAGAAGGACUACAUUGUACCAAGCAAUACUGAAUGCUAUGUAACAGGCUGGGGGGAGACAGAGGGAACCGGUGGAGAAGGUUUUCUGAAAGAAACCGGCUUCCCUGUAAUUGAGAACAAAAUCUGCAACCGUGCAUCUUUUCUGAAUGGCCGCGUGAAGGAGCAUGAGAUGUGUGCAGGAAACAUAGAAAGUGGAACUGACAGUUGCCAGGGUGACAGUGGUGGGCCUCUUGUCUGCUACGCACAGAACACCUUCGUCCUUCAGGGAGUGACAUCAUGGGGUCUCGGCUGUGCUAAUGCCAUGAAACCUGGAGUGUAUACCCGCGUCUCCAAGUUUGUCGACUGGAUAGAACGCAUAGUGCCAGGAAUAUUAAGAGAAAACCAGAAAAAGAGUGAAAACCAGAAAAAGAGUGAAAACCAGUGUAAAGAGUACCUGAAAACCAUACUUGAGUAAAAGUACAGGUACCUUACAUUGAAAAUGUCUCCAUUACAAGGGACCUUUUUUUAUUUUAUUUUAUUUUUUUCUAAAGCAUAAAGAAACAGAACAGUGAAUGAAAUUCUAGGUCUAAUUAUAGUUGGGAAAUAAUGAUUUUGGAACUAUUUGCAAAUAAUAUUUGCAUUCAUUUGCAUUAAAAUAUGCACACAUGUACUUUUAAAUGUAUACUAUGUCUGUAAUACAAUAUAUUGUUAUAGAUAGUAAGUAUAGAUUCUUCAUGUUAGAGAAUAAAUACAAAGAUCUCAAUCAUUUGACACUGAUAA